AUGUAUCAAGUAUAUGAUAAGGAUAUAAAUGAUAUUCCUAAGGAUAGGCUUAAGGAUAUUUACGAAAUAUUCUCGGUUCUGGACAAAGAUAAAGAUGGAUCCAUAUCGUUGAAGGAGAUCAAAGAUUUUCUCGUCACGCUCAAACUUGACAGGGAAUCGUUAAAAAGAUCCGAUAGUUCGAAUAUAGCGAGCGCGCCGCGACAAAUAGCCUCAGAUAGUGGAGUCAAGCAAACUGACUUGGAGGAAGCGCUAAAAACGUCGGACCAAAUGGGAGUGAAUAUCGCAGAAGAUGAAGGGGGCCUGUUAAGCGACCAGGGCACGAAUAAAAAGUCGAGUUUAGGGUCUAGAAUAUUAAAUAUGAUGGACACGGAUAUGAAUGGGUCCAUCGAUUUCGAAGAAUUUGCCAGACUGGCCGAUAUGGAGCUACCUAAAAAUCACAAUAUAAGGGCCUCUUUUAGCCGCAGAAAUACAAGAUCCGACGAAAACAGGAGAUCAAGAACGGCUGAAGGAAUUGGCGCACGGGGAAGUAAUUACAACGCCAGUUUUAGUAACUAUGAUAAUAUGACUGAUAAACGGUUAGGUCUUCAACGGAAACAUAGGCUUUCUCGUAGCUUAAACGAACAAACGGCUGCAGUCGGACCACCUUCGAUCAUAAUAAAACCUUCUACGCCAACUAAACGGGUAAACUUCGCCAAAAGUUCCCAAUUAUAUUCGCGUAGCCAUAACGACGACACUUUCGUCUCCGAAGAAGUGUUAGUCCCGUUAAAGGAAUCUAAAUCUGGUGACGAUUUGACUACUACUCAAAGGAUGGAAGAGGAUAAAGACGAAGAAGAUGAAGAUGAAGAAGAGAAAGAAUAUUUAGAACUUCUAGCCACCGUAUUCUCGGCCUUCGACGCCGAUGGGGAUGGUUACAUAGAUAAAACUGAGAUCCAGAGGGUUUUGACGGCGCUUGGCCUAAAGGUAACGGAAAAAGGUUUGGUGGAUAUGAUAGCGAAAGCGGACAAGGACGGCAACCAGCGCAUAGAUUUCGAAGAAUUUGUGCGCAUGAACAGGGAGAGGGACCGGUUAAGCAAGGAGGAAAAAGAUAAAAAUUCGUCGAGCCUUGACUUAGAUCCAAACAUGAUGGGCGGGAAAGGGUCGAGUGAAAAUGAAGGUACAUCUUUGUUGAAAAGAGCCAGGAAAUUUUUUGAUUGCCGCCGAUUUUUCCCACUUUCCCCGAAUCAGUAAUCGGAGUAAAGUUAGGAGACACUCCAAAAAUAAAUCUCUUAUUUAAGAGACGUGGCAAAAAUGGCUUGAGGAUAUAACGUGAAAAAGGGGGUGU